GAUGCGGUGGCUGCUGGGACCGAGCUGGGCCGGGCGUUGCGCGCGUGUGGGGCUGGCCGUGGCCGCGGCGGCGCUGCUGAUCCAGGCGCUGCGCAGCUGGGCCGCCGCCCCGCGCCGCUACGAGUUCGACCCGGAGGAGAUCGCGCGCCUCGGCAAGCACCACGCCGGUCUGGACCAUGAGCAGGCCUUUUCCAAGAUCAUUGUAGAAUUGCGGAAGAAGCACCCAGGGCACAUCCUGCCAGAUGAGGACUUGCAGUGGAUAUUUGUCAAUGCCGGAGGUUGGAUGGGUUCCAUGUGCCUGCUCCAUGCUUCCUUCUCAGAGUACGUGCUGCUGUUUGGCGCAGCCGUUGACAGCGGGGGACACUCGGGCAGAUACUGGGCUGAUAUCUAUGACACAGUCAUUUCAGGGACUGUGCGGCAAUGGAAAGAGGGUACAACGAAAAGCGAGCUCUAUUACCCAGGAGACAGCAUUGUCCACUGGUCCGGAGAAGCCGCCGCAGUGCAGUGGAGUGCCGGCACAUGGAUGGUAGAGUACGGCCGUGGCGUCAUCCCCUCCACGCUCCCCUUUACCCUCGCUGAUACAGUCUUCAGCACACAGGACUUCCUCACACUCUACUACACUGUGCGCGUUUACGUCAAGGGGCUGCUCUUGGAGGCCAACGCCUACUUCAGCGACACGAGCCAAUGACAGCAUGGUCCUCCUCGGUUCUGUCCCAACUGUUUCCCUUUGACAUGGAAAGAGCUCCUCCCUACCUGCCUUCCCCUGGCUGUGUCUUGUACUAGAGAGCCUGGUGUAACUCAUGAGCUCACACAAAAUUGGGAGCGUGCUGUGUGUUUCCGCAAGCAAACAGGAAUCUUAACAGGGCAUUACUAUGUAAACCCAGAUGGCUAUUUCUUAAUACCUGAAUGUUUCUCUCGUGUAUUCCUGUGAAUAGAUGUCAAAUACCUUUUCCAUGUUCUUCAAGGUGAUUACUGGGUGCCUCCUGGAAAUAUGGAGACCGAGGGUCUUGGAGCCAUUCAUAGCUGAGAAGAGAGAAUAUUCUGUAAACGUGUUGACACGCUCUGGGCAUGACGGAGCCUUCUAAGAGCAAUCCACCAAGCUCUGUUGAUGCACAACUUCUGGGCGAUUUUGCCAAGCAGGGCGGUGCUUGAUCACUGCAGAAAUGAGUGGAGGUUGAGCAGCCUGAGCGCAUGGGGGACGGAGCCCACCAAAUGAUAUAUUUGCACUACUGUAUAACACAGACAAACACUUCUUGCUAAAUUCACUCUCUUCCCCACCCUGUUUGAACUCCGUUUAAUUCAUGAGAUUGAACAUGGGUUAUCCUUCUCUUCUUUGCUUUACUGAGCAAUGUCUGUGUCCAGGUGAUCAACUCCUACAGGAGCCUGUGAAAGGAAAAAGAAGGCAGAUCGGACCCUCCUGGUUGCAUCUUGGAUUCUGUUGGAGUUCUGUUUCGCAGGAGUAGGUUAUUUUGUAUUCCAUUCCCUGGAAAGAAUCUCCUCUCUGUGUGUGUAAAGAACACGCCUGCCCUGCUACCUUUGUGGAAAAGCAAAUACGAUUUACCAAUUGUGCUCUCAUUGAGUUAGGAAACGCUAUCGCAGUUCAGUCAUUAGGACCUCUGCCUGCUGUGGGUGGUAGUUAGCCCUCAGUCUGUGCUCAUAACAUGAGUUUUCUCCAUAUGUCUUAAUGCCCACAGGGUCAGUGAGUGGAAGGUGGCAAACUUUCCUUCCAUCCCCUCCUUCCCCACAAUGGACUGCACGUUCUCAAAGGACCUCAUCCAGUUUGAUCCUGUAACAGGGAGAGCCGCCAUCCAUCGCCUUAACUUAGAGCCUUACUCUGGUGGCCUCUUCAGCUAUGCACGCAUAUGUAUAUAGAUAUAUAGAUAGAUAUAUACCUCCUAGUGUUGAUGUAUCUGGCAGGAUGCCAGGUGACCAUUGUUCCCAGGGAUGCUUUUUUGCCUGAGGCCUGUGGUGAGAAUGACAGCUGCCCAGUUUGGCUGGAGCUUGCUUGGCCCAGAAACUGCUCUUCUUUUUUUCUUUUACAGUUCCUAAUCAUCGGGCUGAGCCCAAACGUUGCAAUUUCAAACCUGCCUCGAAAAUCAGAAAGCAGGGCCCAAACCCAGCGAUUUGCAAAACUGUGCUGAAAGGUUCAGAGGGGAAUUACUGGUUGAUGGCAGCUUUCUUCUCCCGCCAGGUUUUUUUUCGGCUGCUGCUGCUGCUUCUACAACAAAGGCAGAGCUGCUCUUGGUGACCAGCAACUGGCGGCCUCCGUUUUUCUCUCCCAAUGCCUCAGCACAGCAUUGUUUCUGGGAGAAAUAUCAAAGGAAGGAUAGCUGUGCCACCAGCCAUCAGCAAGCUGUCCCAGUCUUUCUCUACAAUUUCGGUGUCCCUGUUCAGACAUGCGCACCAUUUUCAUGGCCUGCAACUGGGGGCCAUGACAUUGAUCUAUUCUAGCCCAGCCCUAGUUUCCAAGGACCUGAGAGGUCGGGGCUGCUUCCUCUUGACACCUUACACCUGAAGCGACCUGUAGAUAACUGGUUCUGCUGAAGAAACCCUCCUUCAUCCGAAACUAAUCUUACCUGCUGGUGGGAGCACUCCAGAAAUAAGCUCUGCCUGUCCACCUCAGCCCUUCUUCUCUGGAACCACCAGAACUCAGACCCAAGCACCCACCCCCACCCCAGCAGUAUAAGGCCGUGCAGAGAUGAAACAGCCAUUGCCUUCCCUUUCCAAUCUUUUCCUUUUGGAAGAUUCCCCUUCCUUAAAUACUGUUGAAACCAGCUGCAUGGCUUUUCUCCUUCCCUCUUCCCCUUCAUACUUUCUGAGGGUUGCAUACAGUUCCCACAAGUGCAGGUGAAAAGGGGUCGCUUGGCUUGCGGUGAGAAGAAAUGGGUUGAUCUUGGCCUUCGCAAUGCAAUAAUUCUGCUCAGCAAGGAAAAGGGAAGGAGCACAGUUAGAGUGGAGAAAGGGGGGUUCCAGGUAGUAGCUGCCUGCCCUCCUCGGCCUUUCCUCCUUCCCCUCAGCAACACCACAGUUGAACAGACUACGUGGUCCAAGCUGGUCUUAUACUUGCCCUUUAUUGGGUGUGUGUUUACUGGCAAGUGACCACUGCAAUUCAAAAUGCCGAACCCAUCCCAUGGGGAAGAGCCACACAGAUGUGCCUGUAUGUAUUUGAUAGAAUUUGUCUGAAAGCCCUGGAACAAGGGGGUAGUUUGCCCAAUGGUUGCAGUUGAUUAGCAACUCUUAGAAACUGGAAAGGUGAUUCAUUCCCUCUCCUCUUCUUCUGGGACUGAGCGGUUCUUUCUUUGAGCUGAAAUGCACUUGACCUGUUUGCAGACUCCUUAUUUCUUCACACACACGCUUCUGCUAGCCCCUCUUAUUAGGACAGUCCCAAGGGCAAGUAUUUGCUACGUGCUGUAGGUAGCCAAGAAUUUGCAGUCUUUUCUGUGCAGUAGCCUCGUAAGUAACCCGUCAACCAAACACACGUAGCAUGUAUCUGGUUUUUGUCUCUCAGUUACUGCAAAUGUGUCUCAGUCGACAUAAAAUCUUGGGUCUUUUGUUUGCCAACCAGUAUUUGGGAAUAAAUCAGUGUGUAUGAUUCUUAUACUUUGACAAAAGGGGAAUACAAUGGACCAUGGUUGAACUUGU